GGAAGUAUACCAAAAGAAAUUGGGAGCUUGGAGAUGCUUCAAACAUUGUAUCUUCGCAGCAACAUAUUAACAGGUCUAAUUCCACCAGAGAUUGGAAGGCUUCACAAUCUCCGGUUCUUAAGUCUGGGGGACAACCUGCUAACUGGAACUAUACCAUCAACCAUGUCCAAUAUGUCAUAUCUUAAUUAUCUAUCUUUCAAAAGGAAUAGACUCCACGGAUUCUUGAUUGAUGAAAUUGGGAACCUAACCAUGCUCACGGAUCUCUAUCUAGGUGAAAAUAACUUCACAGGUGAGAUUCCGCCAGUGUAUGAUAAACUAAAUCAAUUAGAGAUCCUGGAGAUGGGGAUGAAUAGCAUAAGUGGCCAAAUACCUUCAUACAUAUUCAACCUCUCUACACUGAAGGUGAUUUCACUUUUAGGAAAUGAUUUUAUAGGCCAUGUUCCUGAAAAACUAAGUUCUUCUCUUCCAAAUCUUGAACAACUCUUUCUUGCUGGCAACCAUCUGGAUGGUGUUAUACCAAACUCGUUCUCAAAUUUUUCUCACCUCAAGAUUCUAGAUAUUUCUUACAACGACUUCACUGGUUCAAUUCCUGACACCUUGGGGUAUGUAAAAUCCUUGGAAAUGCUAGGUCUAGCGGCCAACAAUUUAAGAAGUGAAUCUGCUUCGCCUGAGCUGAAGUUUUUCACUUCUCUGAUGAGUUCCACGUCCUUGACAUUCUUAGAACUCAAUAAUAAUCCACUAAAUGGCAUUUUCCCUACAUUUUCUGGGAAUCUUUCUUCUUCCCUAAAACAUUUUAGAGCAUCAGGAUGCAGUAUUAAGGGAUUCAUUCCAAAUGAAAUUGGAAAUUUAAGUGGAUUGGUGAGAUUAAAUCUCCAGGGAAAUGAUUUGACAGGAACUAUUCCAAGUGAAUUCAGUAAACUGUCUAAUCUUCAAGAAUUGGAUCUUGGAAACAACAGCCUGACUGGAUUUAUUCCCAAUGAUAUCUGCAAAUUAAAACGUUUGGGACGCCUGGAAUUGGGCCAAAAUCGACUAACAGCUUCACUUCCAGAAUGCUUGGGAAAUGUAUCCUCUCUAAGGUACAUAGAUCUCAAUUCCAAUAAUUUGUCUUCUACAAUACCUACAAGCAUCUGGAGCUUGCAAGAUCUCCUGGAUCUUAAUAUCUCCUCCAAUUUUAUCAAUGGUUCUCUAUCUCCUCAAAUUGGAAACUUGAAGGCAGCCAAAUUCAUUGACUUGUCAAUGAAUCUGUUGUCAAAUGAUAUCCCCAACACUUUUGGAGAUCUACAGAGUGUGAUUACUCUUUCUCUGGCAAAUAAUAGAUUUCAGGGUCCCAUUCCUGAUUCCAUUGGAAGAAUGCUGAGUUUGAAUGCUCUAGAUCUAUCACACAAUAUGCUUUCUGGUACAAUUCCCAAGUCAUUGGAGUCUCUAACACAACUCAAGUCCUUCAAUGUUUCUUUCAAUAAAUUAUCAGGAGAGAUUCCGACAGAGGGCCCUUUCAAAAAUUUUACAAGCCGAUCCUUUGAAUUCAACACUGCAUUGUGCGGUUCUAACAGGUUUCUGGUUUCAUCCUGCAAAGUAAGGCAAAGGUCAAACAGAAAGAAAAAGCUUCGAAUUGCUUUCAUUGUUCUGGGAAUAGUGGCAUUAUUUUUUAUUGGGAGCAUGAUCUUUUUCAUUAUUAGAUAUUACCGGAAAAAGGAAUCUCCAAUUGUAUCAGAUAUAUUUGCCACAAAAAGACCGGUAAGAGUUUCUUAUUACAAGCUUCUGCAAGCAACAAAUGAAUUUAGCGAAGAAAAUUUGCUAGGCAGCGGAAGCUUUGGCUCAGUUUACAAGGGUGUUUUGGAAGAUGGGACUGUUUUGGCUAUAAAAGUUUUCAAAACACAAAUGGAUCAUGAAUCAAAGUCUUUUGAUGCUGAAUGUGAGGCCUUACGGAAUCUUCGUCAUAGAAACCUUAUUAAAGUUGUUGGAAGUUGCUCAAAUCAGGAUUUCAAGGCCUUAUUACUGGAGUACAUGCCCAAUGGAAGCUUGGAGAAAUGGUUGUACUCUAACUACAAUUUGGAUGUCAUACAGAGAUUGAACAUAUUGAUAGAUGUGGCUUGUGCAGUCGAAUAUCUCCACCAUGGCUAUUCGACACCUGUUGUUCACUGUGAUUUAAAGCCUAGUAAUAUUCUCAUGGAUGAGAAAAUGGUUGCCCGUGUAAGUGAUUUCGGUAUCACAAAAUUUUUGGGUGAAGAAGGAAGUGUAACUCACACCAGGACUCUUGCAACACUGGGCUACAUGGCUCCAGAAUACGGAUCGGAAGGCAGGAUUUCCACAAGCUGUGAUGUCUACAGUUACGGAAUCAUCAUGCUGGAAAUGUUCACAAGAAAAAAGCCUUGCGAUGAAAUGUUUUCUGGUGACAUGAACCUCAGAAGUUUGGUAAAAGUUUCACAUCCCGAUGUGCUGAUCCAGGUUAUCGAUCCCAGUUUGAUAAGCACUGAGGAGACAAAUCCCAGUACAAUAUUGUCUUGCAUAUCAACAGUGUUGGAAUUAGCUAUGAGAUGCUCAGAGGAUUCUCCAGGGGAAAGGAUGAACAUGAAAGAUACCUUGGCAGAAUUGAAGAAAAUCAAACUCAACUUUAUGCAACCCCAUACUGGACGAGAGAGGCGGUGACAGCCAAUCUGCCAUGCUACGUGAUACAGCCGUCCAAGCUCAGAAAAAGAAUUAUUGAAGAUGGACUUGCUAGACAUUACUAUUCUUUUGUAUCCGACUCAAAAGUUACCCAGCCGACUGGAUUUCAAGACUAAGACAAAAAAAAAUAAUUAUGGAAGAAUUUCAAAGUUACCUUAUUAUAUAUUCUCGUUUCCUUAUUUCAUAUUUAAAGUUUCCUUUUACUUUGUUUUCUUUUAUUACCUUAUUAUAGG